AGCCCAGACGGUUCAUUACUCAUGAUCAGAUCAUCAGAUCUUUAACUUUGUUUGUCACUUUGGACAUGGUACUUAUGUUAUGACCAGAGAGACUGUAAUUUCGUGCUGUUUGUAGAGGUGCUUACAUUGAUAGAACCCAGUCAUUGCUGGUCCCAGCACAAUUGGAAAGUCCUACAAAGCCUCAGUUACAGAAGGCCCAGAGAGAACAAGUAAAACCCUUCAUGACCCUUGACCAUUCGAUCAUCAACCAAACUCUCAAACGGUCACACCCACCAGCACCAAGCUGUGUGCUUCUGGCUCAGCAUGGACACACAAAUCCAGACAGUGAUGCUGGCCUCACAGGACACCCUGUCACCAAGUUUCUAACUCUGGGGAAAGAAGAUGGCAGUGUGGAAUGGCAUAUGGCGGACGUUAUUGAGGAUAUAAUCGGUAUGGAAUCAAGUUUUAAAGAGGAAGGAACAGACUCUCUUCUGCUAAUGCAAAGAACAUUAUCUGGAAGUAUUUUGGAUGUAUACAGUGGCGAGCAGGGGAUUUCACCAGUUAAUAUGGGUCUUACAAGUGCUUCCUGUCCAAGUAGUCUACCACUGAAAAAAGAAAUUACAGAAACUGACACCAGAGCUUUGGCAAAAGAGAGACAAAAAAAGGACAAUCACAAUCUCAUUGAAAGAAGAAGAAGGUAUAAUAUUAAUUACCGAAUCAAGGAGCUUGGCACUCUUAUUCCAAAGUCUAAUGAUCCUGAUAUGCGCUGGAACAAAGGAACCAUUCUAAAAGCAUCAGUGGAGUACAUCAAAUGGCUACAAAAAGAACAACAGAAAGCCCGAGAGUUGGAACACAGACAGAAGAAAUUAGAGCAGGCUAACAGGCGACUUCUACUCCGGAUUCAGGAACUAGAAAUACAGGCCCGUGCUCAUGGUCUGCCAACCCUGGGUUCACAUGGUACAGUUGAUUUAGGUGCUCACAUCACCAAACAGCAGACUCAUCCUGAGCAGAAUUCUGUAGACUGUUGCCAACAACUGGCUCCAUCUCAGGGGCCCAGCCCUGAGCUCUGUGAUCAAGCUAUGGCCUUCUCUGAUCCUUUGUCACACUUCACAGAUUUAUCAUUCAGUGCUGCCUUGAAAGAGGAACAAAGAUUGGAUGACAUGCUACUGGAGGACACAAUAUCACCAUUUGGAACAGACCCUCUGCUAUCUGCCACUUCCCCUGCAGUUUCCAAAGCAAGCAGUAGGAGAAGCAGCUUUAGCUCAGAGGAUGGUGAUGAGUUAUAAGAAAUAACAGGCUCAAUUCAUCAACUAGGAAGCAAUUCCAUGCUGGUGCUAUGCAACUAUGAUCUGUGUUCCAUACAGUGCUUUGGCUUCAUUUUUGGGAAAGGAAUAUACUGUCUAUGAAAAAAAGAUUAGAAACAAUAGAAGAAGUCACAGGAAGAAGAGAUCUGAUGUUGAAGAAUUAUUGAGGACCGAAGAGAUGUUUUCUCCUUUUUCUACAGAGCCCAAAUAUACAUAAAUUUUGUUUUCCCGGAAAGAGGUACAACAUAAGAAACAACUUUGUACUGAUGUUUUAAAAGCAGCAACAUGAUAAUAUACUAUUGUAGCUAACAGUCUAUAAAGAGCAAUAUAAGAGACAACCCUUAUUGGUCCUUCUCUUGUAUAUUCUGCUGUUUGCCUCUUACAUCAGUUUUUAAGAAUGAAAACCAACAAAUCUGGUGGUUAUUCCCUGUUUCUAUUGCCUGGUGGACAUGUUUAAAGUUAAAGCCUUAUGGGAAAUAAUUUUAAAAUAAAUUUUUCUGUCACUUGCAAUUGAAAAGUGAAUCUAUAAUAAGCAUGAGA